AUGUCCGGCCCCCCUCCCAACCUUGGUCCCACGCGAGUGAUUCUCCACGUGAAGGGAGACGUGCCAGACUGGAAAGAGGAGUUCAAGCAGUUCCUGUUGACUGUCAAGGAUUCGGAAGGAUACUUCCGCUACCGAUGGGGCCCUUGGGAGGAGGACCAUAGCAAACUGGAGAUCCUCGCGACCUGGGCCCCAGUCGAGCACCGACAAGCCUUCGGCCGCUGCCCCCACCACCAAAAGGCCAUCGACGCGCUCAUGCCCGUCCUUAAAGCCGUCCCCUCCAAGUGCCCUCGCGUUGACUUUGACGUGAGCACCAUUGUCCCGCCGCCGCCGCAGCUCAUCAACAGCCCCAUUUGCGAAAUCAUCACCAUUACGCACUUCACGGGCGACAAGGACGCCGCGGCGGCCAUGAUCAAAAAGGUGGAGGUGAAUGCAGGCUGCCUGGCGUCUCACUCGGGCAUCACGGCAACGGACACGCCUGAUAACGGGACCGUGUGGUUGGGGUUUGUGGGGUGGCAGGAUUACGCUUCGAGUAAGGCGGCGGAUAAGAGUGUAUAUAUACCGUCUGGAGUGGGGAAAGUUGAGGCGCAUCAUAUCAACUUCAAUUUUCCUAUCAAGGGGUUCUCUGUUACCAAUCCUGGUAGAUGA